CUUGUGAUGUGCAGCUGGUUGUCGGAAGCAUAGACCCUGCAGAGCAGAGGCUUCGUGAGAAAUUGCAACGUCUAGCUAUGCUGCUGACUGAAUGCGGCAGACCUCGUGGACCCGCGCAGCCGCACGUUUCUUAUGAAUAUCUAGAAGUACGAGUUGUGCAUGUCCUUCUUCUUCUAGUAUCAGUCGAAAGCACAUCUACGUUCAAACAUGGAGAGUAGCCGUUCUCCACACAGGAAAAUGAACAUGUAGAUGUAGGGGGAGGACUCCUACAGGACGAGAAGACAUCAAAAUUUGGAAUACGUAGCUAAUCCAUGAAAUUAUGUGCAACUUCCUUUAGAUCUUCAUCGAUGGGCAUGGGUUUAUUAUUUUUUAGGUCUCUCAGUCUCACUAGCACUUUUAGUCUCGUCAGAGCUCUUGCUCUAAUCCCUUCUUUUUUCAGCAGAUGGAGCACGUCGUGGAUAUUUCACUCAGCUAGAGCAUUCUCCCACAAGUGAAGUUGAAAGCCCGACCUCCGGAUCACCACUCUCCGCCGCGACCCACCGUAUUUUCGAGAAUAAUCGUUAUCUACUUUAGUGAAAGACCACCAAGGGAAGCAAUUGAUCACAAUUGUUGUUCUAUUCCUUGUUCUGUCUUCCACUGCGUCCGUCUUCUACAACAGGGCAUCAGACGCCGACGCCAUCGCCAACCGUUGCUGGAGGAGGUGGCCUUCUUCUCCCUCCGUCGACAGGCGCGCAAAACCUAGCGAUGAGUGUCGUUGGUGGUGCUUUAGCCAAUAAUGCGUCAGCAGCUUCUGCUGUGGGUGUUACUCGUGGGAGUGCUGGGAUUGUUACGAAUACAAGGAUUUCUCUAGUAGAUCUUCAUUACUCCGUCUCAGAUAAAAGAAUUUGACUGUUUUUCUCGAGGGAUCAGGCGAGAGUGCCCCUUAUAUGGUUACGUCUUCACUUUGCCAUGAUUAUGUAAGUAGAUACUCCAUCCUUCUCCUUCACGUCCUACUCCUUCAUUUUUCGUGGAGGCGGCGGCGCUUUUUUGAGUCCGCAGAUGCAGGCAUCUCCGACCAGUAAUGGAUAUCCAGGAUUCUCUUCUCGUGUUUCUGCUUCACGGGGUCCAGUCAAGAAUAAUGUGCCACACGCUCCAGACCGUCGCACCCGCGGUGCCAUGGUGUAUCAGAGUGGUCUCGGUUCUUAUGGGCCCCAUUGGAACUGCAUUUUGUGUUAGUCCCCAUAUUCAUGCAAUACAAAACUACCAUACCACCUAUACCAUUUUGAUCCGCACACAAAGUCAAACUUUGUUGUCGAACAAUAAACUGGUUGUUUAAAAUGAUCUUAAUCUUUUUUGUUGUACUAGCUCUACCUAUUUGUACUUGUCCGUUUUCUUACUCCUAGUAAGCACAAGAACAAAUCACACAACUAGUUAUUACCGAUUAUGUGGAUGUCGGUUUUAGAGUUGAUUCUUCCAAUGUAGUUUCUACCACCGAGCACACGGGCACCGGAAGAUGGUCCUCGGACCUAAGAAGGGGCUCGCGGUACACUUCGGUCACGAGAACUGGAAUAUGGUGCUGCACAUGAUGAUCGGAAUUCGUAUGGCCGUGGGGCGGUCCGCAAACGAGAUGAAUCGGGGUCUCCAGUCCCUAGUUACGAGGGAUUUAGUAGAUAAGGAGCAAUUCAUUGCAAUGCACCAUCCGAACCCCGAAGACAGAAAGUUUCAGUUAUCCGUCUUCUGAUUGCCUGGUUAAACCAUCGAGCUUUCAUUCCGCGUUUUCAUCCUCUAAGUAGAACUUCAAAAUGAUCGACAAGUUUGCGAUUUUACCGAAUCUUGCGAACAUCAUGGACAGUGUGGCUGGCGAAAACCAAAAUUACACCGUGUUUGUGGACUACGCGCCCUUCGUCUUCCGCAAAAUCCGAGACCUGCGUGGCAUCCAGCCGGAACACUACCUCAGAUCUGUACUAUACAGUUUGAAGACGAAUCGCGAAUGAAACGUCUUCUACAUGACUACAAUUAGUUGAUAUGUAAGUUCAACAAAAGCCGCUCCUGAGGCUGUUGAAAGCACCUUUCUACUCGUAAUACAAACACUCACAUCGAAGAUCAAUAUGAGCUCAUGAUUAGAAACAAUCCUGUCGUUUACUUGUUCGACGAUACUCCUGACUCUUGGUAUGCUGCAGGUUGGACCGGAGCAGCUUCUGGCGAAUAUGAUUCUGGGCAACCUCUCCUCUCUUAGUGAGCUCUCUAGCGAAGGAAAAAGCGGAGCGUUCUUCUACUACACGGCAGACGCGAACUUCAUGAUCAAGACAGUCACGAAAGAGGAAAAAGAUUGAGGCGAAAUCAGUACAACUACUAGUACUAGACGUUUGCGGUAUGAUCGAUUUCCGGGAUCUUCUUCUGAUCGUAUCACGGUACAGCAGAUAAAUACGAUUUUUGAUUAUAAUAUUGGCGAUACGAAGAAAAUCCCAACCCAAGGUGGACAAGAAAGUACUUAAUAUCCAGCACUAGACAGUCGUGGUUAUUGGCGAUUUCGUUCAGUUUGAGUUUCACCUUGAGUGAUAAGAAUGACAAAUAAUUUGUAGAAUACAGUAAAUAAAUAGUUAUUUUUUUGGAAGGAAAAACUACACCAUGCCUACGAAUCGGAAUCUGCAAGCUUCACGCUUUUUUCAAUCGAGUUUCCGCCUCUAAGGUCGCCUCCUGAUCAACAUGCUCUUAAGCUAUUGGCUCCAUAUGAAACGCUACCCGGACAGUUUGAUUAUCAAAUUUUUUGGAUUGCAUGCGCUUCGCGUGCGGAAGGAGGAUAGCUAUGGCCAUGUACGUGAGAAGAAGGUCUACUUCGUCGUGAUGGGCAACAUGUUCAACACGCCAUGCGAGAUUCAUAUGCGCUACGAUCUGAAAGGCAGCACUUUGGGCCGACGGGCGUUAGACCCCGCAUUGCUGCAGGAUGAGCUCAACGAAAAUACACGGUCGCAUGCCGAAGCCGGAAAGCAUUCGAACAUGCAGAACAAAGACCUGCUUCAAAAAUUAAAACAACGACAGAUACUCGACAAGAACAUAAGUGAUGAAACUGGUGUAGGCGAAACAACAGGACGACAUGGUCAAGUUCUGGAGCUGGAGGUCGGUCCAUCACAUCUUCGAACGGGAAGCAGAGCUGCGUCCAACACGACCAAGAAAGCUUUAUCGUCAGUUGCAAAGUCUCAGCAAGAACAAAAGAAGCACAUGGCUGUGUCUGAGACGACAGAGUGGGACCGCACGCACGCGCGGAAGGAUUUAGACUUUCUCGCGACAAAGAUGCAGGUGCCGCUUCCGCGGCACAGCUACGAGGUGAUCACGACUCAGCUCAGGAAGGAUGCAGAAUUCUUGGCGAGCUGUAACAUUAUCGACUACUCGGUGCUUCUGGGCGUACAUAAUGUCGCGGAGGAAGAUCGGUCAGACUUCUGGCGCUCCGUCGAACUCGUAUCCGCGCAGCAGCAAGGAGCUUCCCCAGCUGCGACCAAUGCGGCACCCGACGCGGAGAAUCUCGCUACAUUAUGGUGGUCAUGAAUUUCAUUUCAGUAUCCUGAAAGAGGAAGGGAAAGGUAGUACUAGUAAGUUGAAGUUGUUAAACUCACAAGCAUCCGUUUCCGUAUCCGAUCCGCGUUUUGCCUUAACGUGAAGGAAAUGAAAACAAGAAAUAGGGAAGAUGAACAGCCGUUCAAUAUUAUCGUGGGAACGAAAAAUUAACUCUAAGCACUGCAGGAUCAUCAAACCCGACCCCAGAAGACCUCGUCGUGGCCGGAAACGCACGCACCAGGACAGGAGCAGCGCCGUCGCCAACAGUGCUCUUGAACGGCGUCCCGACAAAUCACGGGGUAAGCCCGUUGUCUACGCGAACUGACUUCACAAGCAAUUACGCGCAACACACGGCGCAUGCGCCUCGACACUUGCAGCUUCAACCCUUAGCUCAAGCUUCUUUGGUUGGCGUCGGAGGCCCAGUUACGGUCAUCUGUAGACAAAUAUGUGCUCGAUGAUUGUGGUAGGAGCUUUUUUUAGAAGUAAGUGGUAGGUAGACGAAAUAUGAUUGGCUUUAACACAGGAUCCCGGCCCUUUUCGAGUGCUUGGUCUUCGACGUCAAGAUUCGACCAGCGUGGCCGUAGAAUGGCGCACCACGAGCAGCACUUUGGUGGUAUAGCCGGCGCGGAUAGUUAAGGCGUCUUGUUUCUGAACUUUUUGUUUAGAUUUUGAUAUCUUUCACUUUCUUUCAUUCCGUGACUUCAUCUGCGCUGCACCUUCCAGUCGUCCUUCACCUUUUCUAAUCAUUUAUCAAUAAGUAGAAACGCUUAAAGAUUUUAUGUAUACAGCUAGAGCUACCACCCGUUAAGGGCCAUACUGGUCAGCCAAGUAGUGUACCUCUCCAUUUUCGCCACUGUAGUUCGCAGCCCGUCCCGCGACAUAUGUGUAGAGGAGGGCCGUGACAAGUGCCAAGAAGGGGGACUGACAAGUGUCAGGAGGGGGGAGCCGUGACAAGUGUAAGGGUCAGCCUCUUGCCAAACGCUGAGCGGAGAAGCCUAGAAGCAAGGCAACACCGCCAAGAGGAUGUCCGUGGCAAGUGUCAAGAGGAGAGCCGUGACAAGUGUCGCGCGGAGAGCCUUCACAAGUGUCAAGGGAAGAGUCCUGGCAAGCCUUAGGGCCUGGGCCGGCGAAUCUCGUGACUGGUGUCGAGCGGAGGGCCUUGGCAAGCGUCAAGGGCAGAGGCCUGGCAAUUGUCAGGGUGAGAGUCUCGACAAGUGUCAAACACGGCUCGCGACAUACGUCGGGGGAGAUGAGAUCGUGACACAUAAGCGUCAAGACGAGGAUCCUGACAAGUGUCAGGAAGAGAGUCAGUCGCGACAAAUGUCGAGAGGAGACGAGAGUCGUGACAAGUGUCAAGACGUAGGAGACUCAUUCUGACCAUCUAGUCUCGCGCGGGGGCUGCUCUAGUACGGCUCCCCAGCUGGGGCGCGCAUACUUUUACUACCUCCGAUCGAUGGACAGGGCCAUGGACGUUAUCACGAAUAAGUCUGCUUUAUCCUCCUUGUCGGUUCAUGUCGCCCUGUUCCAAGCAAGGAAAUGGACUUCCAUCCGCUCUUUCGUAGCACCAUCACUUUCCCUUUUUCCCACUGUAGAAAUAGUUGACAGCCCUUGCACAAAUUAGCACGACUCUUCUAAGAGAAAAAUAAUCCAAAGUUGUUUUUUAUUGGCGUUAUCGACAUUCUGACCAAUUACGGUUAUCGCAAGCGCGUGGAGCAUGGCGUUAAAAGCUGCCUGAAUCCUACGCAAUGGAGAGGUGUGAGCUGCUGCCCACCCCACAUGUAUGCCGAACGCUUCGCAUCCUUUAUGCGGGAUAAGGUUUUUGUGCCUACUGAGGACCCGUCGUUGGCACUGUGUGUUGAGGAACCUUAUGGACGCUGAGAAGUUGCACAUCAUUCAUAAACGUCAAGUUUUUUUUCCUUCGAGGGUUGCCCAUCUACCUCAUGAUGUUGAAAAAUUAAACGUAUCUCCUUGCUUGUUCAUAUUUAUAACUGUUAGAAUCCUGUAGUGGGGCUGGGUCAGUCGUUGUUUUAGCAUAAUGUUUGAUCUGAGUAUGUCUAAUUUCCCGAUGACAUCGAGGAGCAGCCAGUAAUUUCAUUGCCAGCCAUUGAUAUUGAAGCUGCUCCCGACGAGAGCGACUCGUAAUGCGCGAUGAGAUCGAAAGCGCGUGCUCUAUGCACUGCCCACAAAAAAUGUUUACAGCCAGGAAAAAUAAUACUUCUUGUUGAGCUACAUCUACGACUAUAUCUUCGGCUUCGCUCAAUUUUUUAUUUUUUUACAUGCCUUACACUCUUUGGCUUUAAAGUUAUUUUUUUACAUUGCUCUUGAUGGUGAAUGUGAAACAACUAAGACUGAAUUAUUGUCGUAAAUGUUAAGUGGCAUUUAAAAAUAAGUGCAAGGUCAAGCAGCUGUGCUGAAGCUUUGAGGUUUACGCCUGAAUCUGCUUCGAUGCAAUUGCGCGAACAACUAGAAGGUUCUUUUCUCUCAAUUGGUGCUGGUUGCGGUCAUCUUACAGUAGUUUUCACGUAUAUUCUGCUCCGACACCACAUAGACCUACAAGAUUUGAGAUUAAGUUGUAAGAACUGCUGUAAUUACACCAGUAGACUGCCAUGCAUUUGCUCGCCCAAUUGAUCUCCUUUGAUUGAUUGCUCCUUUGACUUCUUACGCCGUUGCGCUUGGUUUUUGAUCGUGCAUCAACACAGUAUACUAGCAUCCGUCGUGUUCUUCUCCUUCUUCCCUUACAUCUCCGUGAAUACUUACGGUUAGAAUCUACUACAGACAAGAAUUAUGCUCGUCUCUGUGGUACCUACACUAAAUCAGAGGCCAAGUAGGAGGUCUACAUCGACGAAUAUUGAGUAGAGUAUCUUCCAACAAUGCCAAGUCAUGUAGGAUUCUUUAUCCUCAUCGUUUUAAGGAGCCCAAACAGUAUUCCUAUGUCAAUGCUAUUAGAGCAUCUGGUGCAUCCUUUGUAAGUGCGAUCUUCGCCCCUAGUCCUAGUAUCAUCUAUAGAAUCCUUUUUGUUCUUGUACCUCGUCAUUGGCGGGAAAACGCGACUAUGAAGUUGUUCUUAUCUUCAUUUGUGUCUUCAAGAUGAACAUGAACAUGAAAGAGUGCUCGGGAAAGCCAGAUGACAGGUUGUUUAUGCGGACAGACGGCAAGAAGGGUCAGUUCUUGAAGAGAAGUUGUUCAAAGAAU